UUCAAAAAAUGUCAAGGUUACUUAAGAAUAAACAACUAUACAUCACCAGAAAUUAUGGAUUUGGAUAAUCAUGUUGAGGGACUUGGAAUGCAUACUGACAUGAGCUGCAUAACUAUCUUAUACCAAGAUGAAAUUGGAGGACUUCAAGUUAAAACACAUGAAGGAAAAUGGAUUGAUAUAAGUCCUUCUGAAGGGUCCUUAGUGGUGAAUAUAGGUGAUAUGAUGCAAGCUUGGAGUAAUGAUAAGUUAAGGUCUUCUGAACAUAGAGUUAUUUUGAAGCAAUCUGUUAAUAGAUUUUCUUUGGCUUUUUUUUGGUGUUUUGAGGAUGAGAAAGUGAUUAUGGCACCUAAUGAAGUUGUUGGAGAAGGAAAUAAGAGAGUUUAUGAUUCUUUUGUUUGCAAAGAUUAUGUGAAGUUUAGAGAGAAUAAUCAAAGAGGAAGAUUUGAAAAAGUUGGUUAUACUGUUAGAGAUUUCGCUGGAAUUAAGUUGUCUCAACUGUAA